CCGAGACUCCGAGAUUGCCGAUGCUGCAGGCCGCGCGCCAGGCGCUUCGCCGACCUCACUUUGCAUUUCGCUCCGCCUUGCGCAGUACCCGCCUACUUAGCACCAUGUCGACGACCCAGUGGUUCAGCGAGACCGAGGCCAUGUGGCCCGGCCAGAAGUUCUGCCUCGCGCAGGAAGAAGUCCUCUUCCACGGCAAGUCGGACUUCCAGGACGUCCUUGUCUUCAAGAGCCAGACGUACGGCAACGUGCUCGUGCUCGACGGCGUGAUCCAGGUCACGGAGCGCGACGAGUUCUCGUACCAGGAGAUGAUCUCGCACCUCCCGCUCUACUCGCACGCCAACCCCAAGUCGGUGCUCAUUGUCGGCGGCGGUGACGGCGGUGUCCUCCGCGAAGUCGCCAAGCACCCGAGCGUCGAGAAGAUUGUUAUGUGCGAGAUCGACCCGAUGGUCUGCGACGUCUCCAAGCAGUUCUUUGCCAACUCGCUCGCGACGACGUUCAACGACCCGCGCCUCACGCUCAUGCACGACGACGCGGCCGCGUACCUCCGCAACGGCCAGUGCGGCAAGUACGAUGUCAUCAUCGUCGACUCGUCGGAUCCGGUCGGCCCCGCCGAGGUGCUCUUCCGCUCGGAGUUUUACGAGAACAUGAAGAACGCGCUCAACCCGAACGGCAUUGUGUGCACUCAGGGCGAGUGCCUCUGGCUCCACAUCGACUUGAUCGCGGACGUGCUUGGCCGCGUCGGCCAGUUCUUCCCGACGGUCCAGUACGCCUACACCACGAUCCCGACCUACCCGUCGGGCCAGAUCGGCUUUGUGCUCUGCUCGCUCGACGAGUCGCCCAACGCGCUCAACAAGCCCAAGCGCAUCGUCGACGAAAAGACGGCGGCGAACCUCCGCUACUACAACUCCAAGAUCCACGAGGCCGCGUUCGUGCUGCCGUCGUUCGCCGAGAAGAAGAUCGCGCCGGUCCGCAAGACCACCGUCUAACACCCGCCACAUUUUGACCAAAUUUUAAAUUUAACAAAUGUGUAUAUAGACCAACUGCAAUAUUGUCACGAGCACAUCGACUACACAAAGUGGAGAACGGUGUCGCUGCCCGACGCAGACCUACACACAGUCGCCUUGUUGCGAUAACGAGACGAAGCACCGUGCUGCUGCGGAACAGGUUGAGUCGACUGCUUCCUACGUGGUCAGUGAUCUAUUCGGCGUAAGGCGAUGCCCACGGCAGCCAAGAGCCCUGAUUGACCGCAUGGUCCACGUAACCCUUGAUUAGGACCAACGCGCCACACGUCGACGCGACAAGGCGAGCCAACGCUAUCAACGUCAUACGAGCUUGUCAUUUUGGUGUCGACACUGACGAGUACUUGCAUGCACCGCGCUUCUAGUUACAGCAGGGAACCCGAGUCGAUGCGGUGGUUGCACGAGGAACGGAC